AUGACACAAUCGGAAUUGCCAAUAGCUUCGUUCGGUCCAUGUCCCUCACCCUCCCCUGCUCAUGCUGGCCGCCCCCCGGUAACGAGGAGCGAGCAAAAGCCCGUCGCAAACCGCUUCGAGUUGCUCCUUCGUACGAAGAUCUCGCACGCCAAAGCUGUGUAG